ACAAGCAAAAACUCUUUCGGUGUCAUGAGAUUGACAGAUCCGAAAAAUUUCCUUCGCCCGGGAAGAAAAAGAAAAUUUCUUCGCAUGCAGCGCGCAAUAGCUGUAAUGAGAAGCAAUGCAUCGGGACUUUUUCGAAAAGCAAUACCGUUUGUAUUGCAUUCGGACGCUCAGACAGGCCGCCGCCUCUCACGAUAGAUGACCUUUUUUUUCCUCCUACCGUACGUUUGUCACAAUUGUUGUAAGCUAUCGAGGAUGUGCGCGUCGUACGUCUCCCUUCGUUGACAAAGUCUUACCCUACACUUCGUCCAAGUGUCUUUCUUGACACAUGAGUCGACGCUAUUUAGGUUGGAUUUCGCGAAGAAACGACGAGCUCAACGCCUCUUUGAUACGACAAGACGGUGACAGAACAUGUCUGCUCUCCCCAGCUUUCAUACCUCCAGCCGCCCUUGCGUGCGUAGUUCUCAAGAUAAAUAUCACCGUCGUCGCAAAUCUAUACCACAGAUGCGUUUGAGUGCAUGGCUAAUUUGUUUUCAUAUCGCACGAAACAUGGAUGCUCCGGCUCAACUUGAGAAAUGCAGCCCACGUACCUCCGUACGAUCUCCGCAAAUUAGACCAUAGUAAUAACGGCCUCACCUAGGACUCAUGGCUUCGACCGUCUUUAUCUUGCCCAGAAAACACCUCGUAAAAUUCGUGAAACUGAGUCACGACGUCAAGUGACAUCACUAUAACUCCUAAGAACCACGCUACGAGAAACCGGUGAUUUACAUGACUCGGGAUGUCUGUGAGGCUGAAACAACCAGAUUCUAGAAAAAAAUGAAGCUGUGUCAGACGGGAUGCUAAAGAAAUUGAUCCAGACGUUUAUCUCCUGCGCUAAAGGCUCAUAAGAAGCACAAACACGAAAAUAAAAACACCUGGAUUCUCUUGUGUUAUGCUCGUUUUUGGUGAGAGGCGCAUGCAUAGCCAUCGUGAACUGCAAAGGCACAAAGAAAUAGCAUCACCGUAUUUAGCUAGUGGCUUGAAAACAAAGAUGGUUGCCUAGUAUGUACGAUAUAACGAGACAUCUAUGUAUGAGGUGCCUUUGAUCAAAUUUUUUGACUCCGGUUUCCUCUGUGGAAGAAGAGACGAUGUCGAGCACUUCUGAGGGAAUUUGCGUCACGACGCUUACGCCGACGUAUUCAACUCUGCCGCGCUUAAACACCACGGUACUACUGCUCGUCGUCCUGUUCUCACCAAACAAAUCCUGGGCCACGAAAGCUGCGCUUGCUGCAUUAAUGACUCGGGUGUCAACCAUUGUCAUACAUUCAUUUGUCCUUUUGGCAACAAAGAAUUCAUCGCGACCCUGGGACCUAGACACCAUUGGAUCAUGGUUUAUUCUCAGCGAGGUGGCUGCCUCCAUCCCAGCCUUGUUAUGCUGGUCACCUGCUUUGCACAUGAGCAAAGCACGAUAUUUGGUGAAGACGUGGGGGGUUAUGGUUUUCGCUGGAGCCGUAUGUGGCUUCACCACAGUUCGAUGGGCUGGUAGGCACACACGAUCCCAAACGUGUAUGACUGUGGACAAUGCCGACGGAUAUCAUGUACAGACCAGCAUCAGCAGGGAUAAUAUUUUCUCACCACUGACCAGUAGAUCAAUACUCGGAAAAUUUGACGUUGCCGCCGUAGUUGCAGCUACGUUUGGACUGUGGACAUGUAUUCGGCCAGAUUCAUGGUCGAAAUAUGACGCGAAGAGAAGUUCGAGACGUGUCAUUGCCGUCCUAGAGCUUCUAUGCGCUGUCUUCUCGACGACAGUGUUGGUGGCAAGCGUCGUGCUUCACGAAAAAUACAUGCUUCAGUCCCCGCGACUACCUAUGCUGCUGCCUCUUACUGCAUAUGAGCAGUGGAGUUGCUGGGCAGCAACGGGCAUCAUCUUGGUAGCAACAUUGGCGAAUUGGGCUCUCGGAGGGGACAAAAAGCCAUUCAAUGUCGCCGGUAACUAUUCCCAGCGUCGAUACCAAAACGAAAUCGAAACAGACUCCAGGCUUGAAUGGAGCGGUAUCCUCGCUCGGCCCCUUCCAGCGUACGUGAGCUAA